AUGGGAGAGAGCGAAAAGAUUCUAAGCCCAGGCGAAGUUGCCAAGCACAACACCCAAGAGAGCUGUUGGGUUACCCUAUAUGGCACGGUGUAUGAUGUGACCAACUUCCUUAGCGAGCAUCCUGGCGGCUCUAGGGCCAUCCUGCGCCUUGCUGGUAAGGACGCAACCGAAGAGUUUGACCCAAUUCACCCGCCCGGGACUCUGGAUGACGACACGGGCAACGUCGUAAAGGUCGGCAAGAUCGAUGCCACGGCGUUGCCCAAGCACGACUCCGAUAACGAGGAGCAUAAGAAGCAGGCCAACUUGACAGAAAGAGACCCUCCCCUGGAGUCUCUGCUCAACCUCGGCGAGAUCGAGGCUUUGGCUACCAAGAAGAUUUCAAAACGGGCAUGGUCCUACUACUACUCCGCCGGCGACGACCUUUGGUCCAAGAGCUUCAACAACCACGUCUACCGCCAGAUCCUCCUCCGUCCCCGCAUUUUCAUCGACUGCAUAGACUGUGAUCUCUCCACGACGCUCCUCGGCCACAAGGUCGGCCUCCCCAUCUUCAUCGCCCCCGCGGCCAUGGCUCGCCUCGCCCAUCCGGACGGAGAACACGGCAUCGCGAAGGCGGCGGCCAAGUUUGGCGCGUUGCAGAUCAUCUCCAACAACGCCUCCAUGACGCCGGAGCAGAUUGCCGAGAACGCGGCCCCCGGUCAAAUCUUCGGAUGGCAGUUGUACGUGCAAAAGGAGCGCAGCAGGAGCAUCGCCAUGCUGGAACGGAUCCACAAGAUGCGCGACCGGUUCAAGUUCAUCUGCUUGACGCUCGAUGCUCCGGUUCCCGGGAAGCGCGAGCACGACGAGAAGAUGCAGUUCGAGAAUGCUUUCGAAGUGAGCGUUGACGGGAAGGGGGAUUCGGAUAAGAAGCCCGGCGGAGGUGGAGUGGGGCAGCAGCUCUUUUGGGGCACGGCUGCCGAUCUUACGUGGAAGACCACGCUGCAGUGGCUCGCCAAGAAUACCGAUCUGGCCAUUGUUCUCAAGGGCGUGCAGACGCAUGAGGAUGCUUACCUCGCGGCGCAGUACGCGCCUCAGGUCCGCGCCGUCAUACUAUCCAACCACGGCGGCCGAGCCCUCGACACGGCGCCACCAGCGAUCCAUACGCUACUUGAGAUUCGGAAAUACUGUCCCGAGGUGUCUAAGAAGAUCGAGUUGUGGGUCGAUGGCGGCAUUAAGCGCGGCACCGAUGUUGUGAAGGCGUUGUGCCUCGGGGCUAGAGCCGUGGGUAUCGGACGGGCAGCCCUAUUUGGGCUCGGUGCCGGUGGCCAGGCCGGCGUUGAACGGACGUUUGAGAUCUUGAAAGCAGAGACGGAGACUUGCGUACGGCUCCUUGGGGCCAACUCGGUUCACGAACUCGGCCCUCACUUUGUUAACACUCGCAUGGUCGAGAGGGAUAUCUAUGAUGGGCCAAGCGGCCUCGAUAUCGCUGGGCUGUGGACGGCGCCGACAGCGAAGCUCUAA